UCCUUUUAUUACGUAUUAAACCCUUGAAAACCAUGUUAAAGACAAUUCUGCACAGUAAUCCACCAUCAAAGUUCAUUUUAAUUGAAGACAGUCUAAAAGAAGGGGGCACAGAUGUUUUAAAUUAUCUUAUUCACCUACACACAGAGCAACAUACGGAGGUUCAUCAUUUUAUAUUUAGUGGGAAUUUUGAAAAGCAGAAACAUUCAAAUCCAAGGGUUAAAACAUAUGAUUUUACUAGUGAUUUCCAAGGGUGGUUUUCCCAACAGAACCCUAAUAUAAACGACAUUGUCGAGGGAAUUAGUACCAAAACUGUUGUAGUGAUUGAUUCUUUAGCCCAUAUGAUUUUUCAGUACGGUGUUUCUCAAUGUUAUAAAUUAAUUAGAUAUUUAAAAGAGAGACCAAAUAUCAUACAAGUUGCCACUAUAUUGCACACAGACCUGGUCGAAAGUGUUGAUAUUUUGCCCUUUUUUGAACAUCUGUCCACCUUUUGUAUGAUAAGAGAGCCCCAAUUUAAUAAAACCAAAAAAAGGGUGUCCUGCAUUUACAAGAAGCCAAGUGGUAAAAUUACAAGACUAAAAGAUGAGUAUUAUUUUAAUGAGGGUCAAUUAUUUAGUGCCACUAUUAAAACUGUUAAUCCUGAUGUGUUAGUACAGCAAAGUAUCAACCAAAUGUUAUCAGAUACACUAACAACCUUUAGAUUAUCUCUUGAUGAUAAAGAGAGGGAAUCUAGGGAUAAAGUGGUGUUACCAUUUUUACCUAAGGAAGUUACCCCCGAUAAAGAAGAAUCUGGGGGUAAGAUAACAUACAAAUUUGACGAGGUUGAUGAUUGGGAUGAAGAAGAUCCAGAUGAUGAUCUUAACAUAUAAUUUUUUGUUAUUCAGUUCCCAUAUUAUUUGUUUUAGCCUGUAUUAAGUAAUAAAUAAUAAAUAUCCUUUUUAUAUGACAGUAUUGA